AUGCCGACAGUGGACGACAUCCUAGAGCACAUAGGGGAAUUCAACUUUUUCCAGAAACAAACGUUUUUCUUCCUCGCUCUGCUCUCUGCCGCCUUUACCCCCAUCUAUGUGGGCAUCGUCUUCCUGGGCUUCACCCCCGACCACCGCUGCCAGAGCCCCGGGGUGGCCGAGCUGAGCCGGCGAUGCGGCUGGAGCCUGGCCGAGGAGCUCAACUACACGGUGCCGGGCCCGGGGCCCGAGGGCCAGGCCUUCCCCCGCCAGUGCUGCCGCUACGAGGUGGACUGGAACCAGAGCGCCCUCGGCUGCGUCGAUCCUCUGGCCGGCCUGGCCGCCAACAGCAGCCCCCUGCCUCUGGGCCCCUGUCAGCACGGCUGGGUGUACGACACGCCCGGCUCCUCCAUCGUGACCGAGUUUAACCUGGUGUGUGCCAACUCCUGGUUGCUGGACCUGUUUCAGUCGGCCGUGAAUGUGGGAUUUUUUAUCGGUUCUUUGGGUAUCGGCUACCUAGCAGACAGGUUUGGCCGUAAGCUCUGCCUCCUGAUUACCAUCCUCAUAAAUGCUUCGUCUGGAGUUCUCAUGGCCGUUUCCCCAAACUAUACAUGGAUGUUAAUUUUUCGCUUGAUCCAAGGACUGGUCAGCAAGGCAGGCUGGUUGAUAGGCUACAUCCUGAUUACAGAAUUUGUCGGGCUGAGCUACCGGAGAACAGUGGGGAUUUUUUACCAAAUGUCCUUCACGAUUGGGCUCCUGGUGCUUGCUGGGGUGGCCUACGCGCUUCCGCACUGGAGGUGGCUGCAGUUCACGGUGACUCUGCCCAACUUUUGUUUCUUGCUCUAUUACUGGUGUGUACCUGAGUCUCCUAGGUGGCUGAUCUCCCAGAACAAAAGUGCUAAAGCCAUGAAAAUCAUUAAGCACAUCGCAAAGAAAAACGGAAAAUCUCUGCCUGCCUCUCUUCAGAGCCUCAGACCUGAUGAGGAAGUUGAAGAGAAGUUGAAUCCUUCAUUUCUUGAUUUGGUCAGAACCCCUCAGAUAAGGAAACACACUUUGAUCUUGAUGUACAACUGGUUCACGAGCUCUGUUCUCUACCAGGGCCUCAUCAUGCACAUGGGCCUCGCCGGGAGCAACAUCUACCUGGACUUCUUCUACUCUGCGCUGGUCGAAUUCCCAGCCGCCUUCAUCAUCAUCCUCACCAUUGACCGCAUAGGUCGCCGUUAUCCGUGGGCUGCGUCAAAUAUGGUGGCAGGGGCAGCCUGUCUAGCCUCGGUUUUUAUCCCUGAGGAUCUACACUGGCUAAAAGUUACAGUCGCAUGCUUGGGUAGAAUGGGGAUUACAAUGGCCUAUGAGAUGGUUUGCCUGGUCAAUGCGGAACUGUACCCCACAUUCAUCAGGAACCUUGGGGUCCUCGUCUGCUCCUCCAUGUGUGACAUUGGGGGCAUCAUCACACCAUUCCUGGUCUACCGGCUCACCAACAUCUGGCACGAGCUCCCACUGGUGGCUUUUGCUGUGGUUGGCCUGAUUGCUGGAGGACUAGUGUUGUUGCUCCCAGAGACCAAAGGGAAGACUCUGCCUGAGACCAUUGAAGAAGCUGAAAACAUGCAGAGGCCAAGAAAAAACAAAGAAAAGAUGACUUACCUCCAAGUCAAGAAAUUAGACACUCCACUAAAUUAAGAAGAGAGAGCUGCUCCGGUUUGUGUUGAUUAAACAAGGCCACUCUCAUCACAAAGCCCACACAACUCAACCUUGCUUCUCUUUGAACACUAUUAACCUUGAUCAAUAACCGAAUGGAGUUUGUUGUACUGCUGUAUAAAAUCUGCCUAUGGGACAAGGUCCUGCAAUCUUCCCUUGCUUCAACACUUUCAAUGACUUCAUCUUACACCUAGGUGCCUUACGAGGGAAUGGCAGUACUCCUCUGGACCAGACAUUUCCAAGGUAGAUUCUAGAAUGUCUCAAGGGGAGAAGUAAAAAGUUUAUCUAGGAGAGAGAGAGUUUACACAUGAAAAAGAAUGUCGAGAUUUUGUAAUUUAUAUCAGCAGAAAUCUGGCAGAGAGUUUAGGCAUGAAUUGUGAUGAUAGUAGGCCCAGAAGGAUGAAACAUAGUAACGGGUCAGGUGAAAUUUAUUGGUAUGAGUGCUCUAAACCAAGACUCUAGAUUUAAUGUGCUGGCCAGAGCAUCUAGCAUUAGCGCCAGCAGUUAGCAGACCAACAACAUGAGAAAAGAUAUAAAAGAGUAUUUCCAUAAUUUGAAAUAAGGAAACCUUCUUAGGCAAGAACAGAAUCCAAGAGACAGAGAGGGAAUGAUUGAUUGAUCAAUGUGUCUACACAAAACAAGGCUAAAUUAAAUGAGGCUAGCUGUGUACCACACACCAGAAAAGUAGAUUUAAUGGAUGGGUGACAGAUUUGGGAAAAUAUUUGCCACAUAUAAAUAUAAAUAUAAAAUAUUCAAAGGAAUAAUAGCCAAAAGAAAUAAAGAGCUACUAAAAAUCAAUAAAGAAAAGACAAUCCUUUAGACAGACCAUUAGGAAAAAAUCAUGGUCCAAGAAUACGAAGUUAUUUAUAGAGGCAGCAUUAAAAAAUGGUGAAGUUAUAUUUAAAAAGAUGUGCAUCCUCACUGUUAGUCAGGGAAAUACGAACAAUGAAAUAUUUUUCACUCAGAUUAAUUAAUAAAAUUAAUAAAACAAUAAAAUGGAAAAUAUCAAGUAUGGAUGAGGAUAUGAGGAAACUGUCAUGCAUUGCUGGCAGGACUGUUGAUUAGUACCUUCGUUAGGAAAGCAAUUUGGCAAUGUCCAUCGAUUAGAAAGACACAUUUCUGUGACCCAAUAGUUUCACCCCUAGGUAUCUGUCUUUGAGAAACACAAAUGUGAACACAGAUGUAUCUCAGAGGUAUUCAUUGCGUCAUUUGUUGAUGACAGCAGAGAUUGGAAAUAACCAAAGUCCUUAAAUAUGAGGAAUGCUUAAACAAACUAUGGUAUAUCCACUCAUCAGUUAAAAAGGAAUGAAAACGACGUGUAGCUACUCCAUAGAAUGACCUCCACAAGGAAGGGCAAAGGUGAGUUUUGGAAUAAUAAUGUAGAAAUGACAGGAUGUACAUCUAACUAAUGAGCUGGGGGAGGAGGAAUGGGACUGGGCAGUGCACAAGGAAGGACUGUAGAUUUUUCUGUAAUUCUCGCAUUUUAAUGUUUUCAUGUUCAUGUCCAUGUCCAUGGCAUGUUCGUGCUAUUUUUAAAAAUAAAUGAUUAACUCUGGAAAAUAGUUCGGCAGUUUCUUAAAAAACUAAACAUGCACUUACAAUAUCACCCAGCAACUGCAUUCCUGGGCAUU